UAAAUGACACUGACAGCUGGCAGACCUAAGUGUAGUUCAAAUGUCCUAGCUCUGUUGUCACUAACAGCUAAAUAGUUGGUUUUAGUUGUAUAUAAUUUAGUUUGCAAUUUUAUUUUAAUUUUAAUAUAUAAUAUGGCUGGAAACUUUUGGCAAAGUUCACAUUAUCAACAGUGGCUCUUAGACAAACAAGACCUCAUUAGGGAAAGACACCAUGAUUUAACAAUUUUGGCUGAAGAUGAAUACCAAAAAAUAUUUAUAUUCUUUUCUAGCGUUAUACAAACUUUGGGUGAACAACUCAAACUUAGACAGCAAGUUAUUGCUACAGCCACUGUGUAUUUUAAGCGUUUUUAUGCUAGAAACUCUUUAAAAUGUAUCGAUCCGCUUUUACUAGCUCCGACAUGCAUUUUCCUUGCAUCUAAAGUAGAAGAAUUUGGGGUUAUAUCAAAUACAAGACUCAUAACAACUUGUCAAACAGUUAUAAAAAAUAAAUUUGGAUAUGCAUACACCCAGGAAUUUCCUUACCGCACUAACCAUAUACUAGAAUGCGAAUUCUACCUCUUAGAAAACCUGGAUUGCUGCCUAAUAGUCUAUCAACCUUAUAGGCCUCUACUACAACUGGUCCAAGAUAUGGGGCACGAAGAACAACUACUAACUCUCGCUUGGAGGAUAGUGAAUGACUCCCUUCGAACAGACCUUUGUCUACUCUAUCCACCGUAUCAAAUAGCUAUAGGUUGUUUACAGAUCGCCUGCGUUAUUUUGCAGAAAGACCAUAAGUCUUGGUUUGCGGAGUUGAACGUAGAUAUAGAGAAAAUACAAGAAAUAGCGAGGUAUGUCAUUAAUCUCUUUGAGUUGUGGAAAACCUACGAUGAAAAGAAGGAAAUACAAGGACUUUUAGCUAAAAUGCCUAAACCAAAGCCAGCUCCACAAAGAUAGAAUCAAUAAAUUUGUAGAUUUCUAGUUUUCACUGACAAUAAUAAUUUAUUUUUUCAAUUAAGGAUAAAAACAAAAGUUUCCAAUAUACAAGCAAAAAAAGAACCUUGGGAUGAUACGUGUACAUAAAUAUCACUCUCAUCCAUAAAACUCCUUCAGUUAGUCUGUUGAGCAGACAAUAUUAAUCAAAGUUUUCAGGGACUUUCAGCCCUCGGUAAUAAUGUAGUCUUUCAUUCUGAGUUUAAAUUUUUCAAAAAUAUUUAUUAGUUUUCUCAGGAUUCGAAAAAAAUGAAUACAAUUAAAACACAUUGAGAAUUUUGACAUGCGUCAAAAUUUUGCAUUAACUGAAUGUAAAAUUCUGAACUGUUGAAUUCUAGCUUCCCUAAUAAUUAGUUUACAUCAAAAGACAUUAGAAACUAUUUGUAGAGGAUUGAAAUCUGUAUUGGAAAUAACUGUUAAAGUUGGUCUACGUAAUUAAACAUAUUCCAAAAUUUUGUAAAAAUGUAAUAGGUACAUUUUAGUUCUCAGCCCAAUCUUAGGCCACACACAAUGCAAUAAUGUUCACAUUUUUGAACUGUCAAUAUUUUUUAUUUUAUCAUCUAUUGUUUAAAAACAAUACAGUUGAUAAGAUACCCUCAGUUGCGGAGAAAGGAUUAAUAAUAAAGAUUUUUUUAUUCAGUCAAUGGUGUGAGCACUGUCAGUUAAAUAGUAACGUGUGGCCUUACUUUUACACGCAUACCUAUUGUGGCAAAUGUAUCAUAUUUUUCAAAAUUUUGGAAUGCAUUUAAAUCAUAGAACAAUUUUAACUUUUGAUUUUAAUACAGAUUUUAAUUCUCUACAAGUAUUCUCUCAUGACUUUUGAUGUAAAAUAAUUAGGGAAGCAGGAAUUCAACAAUUCAGAAUUUUACAUCGAGUUUCCUAUGGCCCUUUUUACGAUUCAUCACCCGGUAUAAGAUAAAAUGUGUACUAUUUGUCUAGUUAUUUCAUAAUAACACAAAUAAUACACAUAUAUACACAAUAACACACAUUCAAUGAUCGAAAAUCAUUUAAAAAUAUGGGAAUGUAAACUCUUGUGACGUAAAGUCAAAAAUAUAAGUCUCCCCACCACCGUCGGCAAGACAACCGUAAUAAAGUCUAAUAACCGUGAUCCCAAACCCUUUUUUCAGUGCGUCAUUUAAUUUUGACGUUCUAUAAGCUUUUAUUGUCACGAAUCACUGCAUGACAUUUUAGUUAAAUCUGACAGUUGUCAGAAUAAUUAUAUUUAUGUUUAUAUAAAUAUCAAUUUGCCAGAAUAUUAAUAUUUAAAAUAUUUUAAGGAAAAAAUAAAUAUAGAAUACAAUGUCCGAAUAUACCAAUGACAUAAAAUAUUUAUAUUUACGUCGUUGACAAAUAUCUAACCUAGAAUUGCAAUUGUCAUUUUAUCCAUUAACAUUGUGAAAGUAUUGUCACGAUAGAUUACUUUUGUUUCAAAUUAUCUUUCUGUCUUAUUCGCAUCAUGGAUUGGUUAUCUAUUUAGAGUAUUGUAAGGGUCAACCAAGUAUACCUCUAUAAGUAUGCGUCGCCUUUAAUAUAGAAAUACCCUUCAACGAAUACAUAAUUUUCAAAAUUCUAUAUAUAAUAAUCACGGACGUACGUUUUUUUUCCGUCACUUCGAGCUUAAUGCGUUAGAGCGAAUUCGACAAACUAUGACGCUCUGAAAGAAGGGCUUGGGAUAAACUGUAUUAAUUUUUUUGCUGAUUAAAUACAUUUUGACUGGCUGGAAGUGAUUGAAUUAUAAUUUAAAAACCAAAAAAAUAUUUACAUGCACUUUAAUAACAAAAUAAAACUACAAAAGUUGUUGAUACACUCCCAUUAUGCACGAUUAUUCUUAUUUUCUCAAAGAAAGAAGUGUGCCUUUCUCAAUGAAAGAAGUUGAGCUAUUAAUAGUGAGAGGUAGGAAUCUUUAUAUUAUAUGUUUCCAACAAUGAAUCUGUCAAAAUAAAAUAAGCUGAGCGAACUGACUAUAUAAAUUCUUUGAUGAUAAACAAUAUUUCUAUUGGCAUUUAGAUAUUCUUUUAGUGUAUGACGGAAAUAUUUUUCAGAUAACCAAAAUAUAGGUCUUAACCCGUUCGCUGCCGAUCGAAGAUGAUGGAACUUAUUUUGUGGGCCAUUUUGUGGAACUGCACCUGACAGUCGUAAUAAUAUCACUCGCUGGCGUGUGAACGGCACCUCACUGAGGUAACCAUAUAACGCGCUGGCGCGUGAUGAGCAGCGAAUGGGUUAAGCGGUUAAAAGGACUUUUAUCAUUUUACAAUAAAAAAAGUUAUAUGCAAUAAUAUCAGAGUCCAAAAUAUAGGCGUCUACUGUAAGUACAAUUAACUCGGAAAAUAUCGACCGCACAAAAAAAAUUGUUAAAAGGACAUUGUAAUAUAUUGUAAAUGCGAUUUAUUUGGAACAAUUUCAGUUCCUAACAUUUUUGUCACAAAGUUAAAAAUGGCGGAGAUAUUGAACAAAAACAACUGCUAGACGACCAAAAAAAUGAAAGAGAUAAAAAUUGUAUAAAAUUUAAUUGUCUUCAUUUUUGUAUAGGUUCAUUUUUGUCUUCCUCUUCUUCAGGUGCCAUCUCCGCUACGGAGGUUGGCAAUCAUCAUAGCUAUUUUAAUUUUUGAGGCAGUAGCUCUAAAUAGUUGUUUUUAGCUGCAUCCAAACCAUUCUCUGAGGUUCUUCAGCCAUGAAAUUCGUCUUCUACCGAUGCUUCUUCUGCCAUCUAUCUUUCCCUGCAUUAUGAGUCGCAGGAUGCCAUACUUCUCGCCCCGCAUCACAUGUCCGAGAUACUGUAGUUUUCUUUCUUUAAUUGUAAGUUCAACUUCCUUCUCUUUACCUAUUCUUCUCAGUACUUCAUUGUUCGUAACUCUAUUUACCCAGGAAACCCUCAUAAUUCUUCUAUAGGUCCACAUUUCAAAGGCGUUAAGUUGUCUCAUUGUCUCUACAUUUAACGUCCAUGAUUCCAGUCUAUAGUAUAGUACACUAUAUACGUAACAUUUUGUUAGGCGUACUUUAAGAGCGUACAUUUUUGUCGUAAAACUAAUAAUAAACGAGAUAACUCAAUAAUUCUGCUCUGUUACUAUUUUCCCCCAUUACUUGGAAAAUAUCGACCGCACAAAAAAUGUGUAAUAAAUAGUGUGACCAACUAGCCCGAAAAAUCCGAGACAUGGUCCGAAUUACGAGGUCGUGUCCCGGCGUCCCGGACAAGGCUUCCGGGCCAUCCGAAUUUUCAACGUUCAAAUUCUAUUUUUAAAUUUUGAAUACGUUAUACUUCUAAGAAUUCUAGAGUGUAAAAUACCACAUUCAAAACGCAUGCAUUUUAUUUCGUGGUAUUAUAGUCCUACGAAAACUCUGGACUUUUUCCCGUUUCCGUAUUUUAAUUAUCGUCUUCCGAAAAGACGAUUCAAAACCAUGAAUAUGUAAUAAUGAUAAUUAUAUUUUUAUAUUAACCUAAGGUUCUAUUUACAUGGAAGUCCAACAUCAGUUGAUUUUCUAAUUUUUUGCUUUUUUGAGGACGAUUUCCGGAAAGGAAGUCGAAACGUCAAAAACUAACAAAAAUGUGAUUAUCAUUACAACCCAUCCGAUCAAAAAAAAUUUUGUCAACAUAAAAAUGUUAAAUAAUCAAAUCUUAAGGUUCUAUAAUAUUUAAAAAAAAAAUGGCUCGAUUUUCAUUGAAAAAUCCCUUCAGGUACUAUUUUUCAGCCAUGUCCCGAAUUCGACUGAAUUGGAGUUGGUCACACUACUAAUAAAAGACAUUAUAGAAAAUCAUAUUUUCAACAAUUUCAGUCGUCACACUUUUUGUCUAAAAGUUGAAAAUGACGGAGAUAUUGAGCAAAAACGGCUCUCUUUAAAUUCAACAUGGCGGCUAACGCAAAGGCGGAAUUCAUUCGCGAUUUUAAAUUUACACUACUAUUGACCCCCUAAAGAUUAGAAAAAUUAAAUUUUGGACAUCUUGGCAUGCAAGGUCAAGGCUGGCUGGACUAUAUAUUUUUGACUCGGAUAUUAUUGCAUGUAAUUUUUUGUAUUGUAAAAUGAUAAAAACCCUUUUUUAAUAGGGAACUUGCAUAAAAUUUUAAAUUCGAAAAAAAGGUAUAAAUCACAACAUGACAUAAUUUAGAACCUGUAUCAAAGAUAAAAAAGUUUUGUUUGUCUUUCGUUUGGCCCCUAAAGACGACUAAAAAUUCAACUUAUACCAGCCACCCCAAAACGCGUCGUGACGUCACAGGGUUGUAUGUUUACAUUCUACACCAAUAGACGGCUGGAGUGUGACGUCACGGCCAACUGCGGCUAUAUUCAGUGUUAUUAUCACUUUCCAAACAAAGAUUGUAAACACGUUGAAAAGAUAGAUUUUACCGAAUCUCAAGACUUUUUAAUUAGUAUAAAGUUAAAAUUUUGCUUCCUGUGCUAUUUUUUAUGUUUAAUUAUAGUGUUUUUUUAAUUUCACUACCUUAAUUCGGUCUCCUAGGCGUUACUUCACCCAUACAUACAUUUUAUUGCUAUUUAUAUAAAACAUCAUGCUUUAUUAUUUACAAAACCUUGUAAAAUUGUUAUUGUAACUAUAACAAUACUUACAUAUUGCAAAAAACGGAAAUAUUCUGUGUAAAAACUGAAAAAACAUACUAAACAACGUUUGUUUGGAAAGGUUUGGUAAAAAUCUGACAUAUAUGUCAAUAAAAAUUGACACUUCUACGUCAUCACUCCGGCCGUCUAUUGUAUAUAUAAUUUUAAAUUAGACAUUAUAAACGUCAGUAAAAAAUACAGUUAUGUGACGUUAAAAGUGUUUUUGAUCGUUUGAACUAUUCAUAGAAAAUUUGUACUUUUACAAAAUGGUUUUAUUUUCAAUAGUAAACCUCCUUUCCUUCAAAAACUGUAUCAAACUCCAAUCUCAACAAACUGGUAUAAUAUUACAACAACAUACGAUAAAUGUCAUUAGAAUAUAAAUAUUUUUCCUUUAUUCCCCGACGACGAGAUGACCAAAUACCCAAGUAGGUGGAGGCCAAUAAACUAAAGAAGAAAAAUAUACGUAAAUAUAACCAUAAACAGAACCACAUAGUUAAACUCUGUGACGUCACGGGUCGUUUGAACUAUUUUAAGAUAAAGAAGACUUUAAAUUUGUACUUCUAAGUUAUAAUUUUGUAAAUCUCAUUUUUAUACAAAACUGAACAUUAUUAUGUAAUAAAAAAAAAAUGUGCAAGUUCCCUAUUGAUACUUUCUGAUAAAAUAUACAAAUUUAUUUAAAUAAAUACCAAAUCACUGUUAAAUUGCUUCAAAUGAUAUUUAAAGCACUUAAUUUUUUUAUGUUGCGCAGAAUCUAUGCAUCAAGUUUCAGAUAAAUCGGAGACCAAAAAUUUUUUUGUAUCUAAAUUGAGUGGUUUGAAAUGGAAUCGCCCAUAAAAAUUUUAUAUUUUAGUAUUACUUAUUGUAUAUCUAUGUAAUAUUAAUAUUAUUUAUAAUUUAAGCAUAUUAAAGUCAGAAUUUGGUAUUAGUUUUUUUUUUUUUUUUUUUUUGAAGGUAGAUUAAAUGUAAGGCCAAAUACUUACGAUGUCAGGAUAGUAUCACGAGGUUUUUUCCUGGUUUUCCCUCGUGAUUUACUACGAAAUCUCUAACGCGAGAAUUUUACUGUCAUCGUUGCAUUUGGUUGUCUUUUUAAAGACAGAUCACAUGCUAUGAUUUUUUUGCGACGGAUAUUCUUGAGUUGGGAUUGAUUUCAUGUAAUCGAAUGAACUAUCUUUUAGUAAAGUCGUCCCAGGAACGCAACUCAUAAAUAUUGGCGAUAUCAUUUUAAAGUCUUCUACUUUAAAAUGUAUAAUAUACGUCUGAAUUGCCAAUAUAAAUGAGUCAGAUUAAAUAAAUUAUUAGAAGAAUUUUUUUUAUUAAGAAAUAGGUUUGUUUUAUUUUAAUAGUAUUUUGUAUUUUGACAACGAAACCCGAUUUGGGCUUCGAAACGUUAAUAAAUUCAUUUUUUAGUAAAAUUGUGGCUUAUUUCCCAUAAAAAAAAUACGUAAUUAUAAAUAUUUGAGUUUAUUGUCAUUGGAAACUAUAAGCAAGUAUUACAAUUGUACGCUUAAUUUUAAUUUUAAAUAGGGAUUUGGACUGACUAUGAAUCUGAUCAAUAUUUUUUAAAUAAUUGUAAAAUUUGAUGAGUCAUAAUCCUGUGUGGGUCUGAUUGUUUUUAAUAGAACUUUUUUUAAACAGUGUAAUAUUUCUAGUAAUAUAAAUUUCAAUUGAAA